AUGGUUCAACUUGCUCCUGCUCUCGUUGCGGGCCUGGUUAGCCUCGCUGGUCUCGCAGUGGCUCAUCCGGGUCACGACGUCAAGGCGGAGGCCGCCGAACGUGCUGAUUUUCUCAAGCGAGCUCCUGUGCAUCACCGCAGCCUGAACCACUGCGCUACGAAAUUGCGUGCCCGUGGCCAUGAGGCGCGUAACGUCGCUCGUCGUGAGCUGACCGUUGAGCGUCUGCGUCGCCGCAAGGGACUGCAGAGCCGGUCCACCUACCUCAAGGCGCGGGACCUGGACGACGUUCUCAACACCAAUCACCACUCCGACUUGGACGUGGAUCAGACCGUUGACCCUGCCGUGCUCUUUGCGUCUAACGCAACCUGCAUUCUGGGCGAAGAUGUCACCCAGGGACCUUACUAUGUCACCGGUGAGCUGAUCCGCGAGGACAUCUCUGAGAACCAGGCCGGUGUUCCUCUGUAUCUGGACUUCCAGAUCAUUGACACCAACACCUGCGACCCUGUCCCGAACAUCUAUCUUGAUGCUUGGCACUGCAACGCGACUGGUGUCUACUCCGGAGUUCUCGCCGGUGGAAACGGCAACCAGGGCGAUGAGACUAACCUUGACGCUACCUUCCUCCGUGGCGUCCAGAAAACCGACAGGUCCGGUGUCGCCCAAUUCGAGACCAUCUUCCCCGGCCACUAUACCGGUCGUACCCACCAUAUCCAUCUGCUCUCCCACGCGGCCAACGGCACCGCCGUCAACUCCAACAACACGCUCUCGGACCUCUACACCGCGCACGCCUCUUACGUAACGCAGACCUACUUCGACCAGGACUUGAUUACCGAAGUCGAAGCGACGUCCGUCUACAAAGCCAACACCCAGCCCCUGACCACGAACGCGAACGACGGUAUCCUGUCCCAAGAAGCCCAAUACAUUGACCCGAUCAUGCAGUACGUGUAUCUUGGCGACAGCGUUGAAGAUGGUUUGUUUGCUUGGAUCUCGCUGGGUAUUGAUGCUACCAAGUCGAGUGAUGUUUCGCCCGCCGUGUUCUAUACUGAGAAUGGUGGUGUGGAGAAUCCGAACUCGGGUGGUGGUGGGCCGGGAGGUCCCGGCGGUCCGGGUGGACCUGGCGGGCCGCCUUCUUCUUCUCGUUCCUCUUCUGCUUAG